UCGUCUGAGAGUGGGCGGGGGGUCGCCGGCGCCGCGCGCGAGCGAGCGAGAGGCAGGCGCGCGCGCACGUGCCCAGAGUCUCAGUGCUCGGAUUAAGCGGAGCGGCGUGCGGCGGACUCCACUCAGCGCCCCCCCCCCGCCAAACACCGCCGGGCUCGACAAGUCACGACCAUGGGCGCGGAGGGCGACGGCGAGGAUGAGAUUCAGUUUCUGCGGACGGAGGAUGAGGUCGUGCUGCAGAGCACGGCCACCAUACAGAAGGAGCAGCUCAAGUUCUGCUUGGCCGCCGAGGGUUUUGGGAAUCGUCUCUGCUUCCUCGAGUCUAUCUCUAAUGCCAAGAAUGUUCCUCCUGACCUUUCCAUCUGCAAGUUUGUGCUGGAACAGUCGCUAUCCGUGCGAGCACUGCAGGAGAUGUUGGCCAACACCGAGGAGAAGGCAGAGGGGCCGGUUGACAUGGAGAAAUGGAAAUUCAUGAUGAAGACGGCGCUGGGUGGUGGCCACCGCACGCUGCUCUACGGUCACGCCAUCAUCCUCCGGCAUGCCCACAGCGGAAUGUACCUGAGCUGCCUACGGACAUCCCACUCAUCAUCAGACAAGCUGGCCUUUGACGUUGGUCUUCAGGAGGACACCACAGGUGAGGCUUGCUGGUGGACCAUUCACCCUGCAUCCAAGCAGCGCUCCGAGGGCGAAAAGGUCAGAGUUGGAGAUGACCUCAUCCUGGUCAGCAUCUCCUCGGAGAGAUACCUGCAUCUCUCGCACGCAAACGGCAGUCUCCACGUGGAUGCCUCCUUCCAGCAGACACUGUGGAACGUCUCUCCUGUGUGCUCUGGGAGUGAGAUGGCCCAAGGCUACCUGAUUGGAGGCGACGUGCUGAGGUUAUUCCACGGCCACGAUGAGUGCGUGACUGUGCCUCCGGCCGACCGUGGGGAUGAGCACCGACGUUCGGUGCAUUACGAAGGCGGGGCUGUGUGCAGCCACGCCCGCUCUUUGUGGAGACUGGAGACCCUCCGAGUCAGCUGGAGCGGUAACCACCUGCACUGGGGCCAGCCGUUUCGCCUGCGCCACGUCACCACGGGCAAGUACCUGGCGCUCACGGAGGAGCGGGUCCUGCUGCUCGUGGACCGUGGCUGCGCCGACGUCAAGACCAGCGCCUUCAGCAUGCGCUCCUCCAAGGAAAAGCUGGACUCGGGUCCCCGGAGAGACAUAGACGGCAUGGGCUCUCCGGAGAUCAAGUACGGCGACUCGGUGUGCUACAUGCAGCAUGUGGAGAGCGGGCGGUGGCUCACCUACCAGGCAGCCGAUGCCAAGACCGCACGCAUGGGCUCGUACACACGCAAGGCCAUCAUGCACCAGGAGGGCCACAUGGACGAUGGGCUGACAUUGUCCCGCUCUCGGCACGAGGAGUCGCGCACGGCCCGCGUAAUCCGAUGCACCACCAACCUCUUCAAUGGCUUCAUCAGUGGGCUGGAUGCUCUGCAGGCUGCAGGGCGUGGGGCAGGCGUGGAGCUGCCCAUCGAGGGGGUCAAGCUGAGCCUGCAGGACCUCAUCCUCUACUUCCAGCCGCCCAAAGAUGACCUGGAGCACGAAGAGCAGCAGAACCAUCUGCGUGCGCUCAAGAACCGGCAGAAUCUCUUCCAGGAGGAGGGCAUGAUCACGCUGGUGUUGGACUGCAUCGACCGGCUCAGCGUGUACAGCAGCGCCGCGUACUUUGCGGAUGUGGCUGGGGAGGAGGCCGGGGAGGCGUGGAAGGAGAUCCUAAACACGCUCUACGAACUGCUCGCUGCCCUGAUUCGUGGGAAUCACAGGAACUGCGCCCAGUUUUCCAGCUCCCUGGACUGGCUGGUUAGUCGGCUGGAGAGACUGGAAGCCUCGUCAGGCAUUCUGGAGGUGCUUCACUGUGUCCUCAUCGAGAGCCCCGAGGCGCUGAACAUCAUCAAGGAGGCUCACAUCACCUCCAUCAUCUCCCUCCUGGACAAGCACGGACGCAACCAUAAGGUUCUGGAUGUGCUGUGCUCACUCUGCGAAUGUAAUGGCGUGGCAGUCAGGGCCAACCAAAACCUUAUCUGUGACAACCUGCUACCCGGACGUGACCUCCUGUUACAGACCCGACUGGUGAACAACGUUACCAGCAUGCGCCCCAACAUUUACCUGGGGGUGAGCGAGGGCUCGGCUCAGUACCGCAAGUGGUACUACGAGCUGAUAGUGGACAGCGUGGAGCCCUACGUGACGGCGGCGCCCACACACCUGCGCGUCGGCUGGGCCAACGGGGAGGGUUACGCCCCGUACCCGGGCGGCGGAGAGGGUUGGGGCGGUAACGGCGUCGGGGACGACCUCUACUCCUACGGCUUCGACGGCCUGCACCUGUGGUCAGGGCGCAUCGCACGCGCGGUCGGCUCGCCCAACCGGCACGUCCUGAGCGCGGACGACGUGGUGAGCUGCCUUCUGGACCUCAACAUUCCCAGCAUUUCCUUCCGCAUCAACGGGCAGCCCGUGCAGGGCAUGUUCGAGAAUUUCAACACGGACGGCCUCUUCUUUCCCGUGGUCAGCUUCUCCGCGGGUGUCAGUGUGCGGUUCCUGCUGGGGGGCCGUCACGGCGAGUUCAAGUUCCUCCCUCCCGCGGGUUACGCCCCCUGCUUCGAGGCGCUGCUGCCCAAGGACCGCAUGCGCGUGGAGCACGUCAAGGUGUACAAGCACGACCACGACGGCACGCGCGACCUGCUGGGGCCCACCGUGUCGCUCAAGCAGUCCGCCUUCACGCCCGUGCCCGUCGACACCAGCCAGAUUGCGCUGCUGCCUCAUCUUGAGCGCGUUCGGAACAAGCUGGCCGAGAACAUCCACGAGCUGUGGGCCAUGAACAAGAUCGAGAUGGGCUGGACGUACGGCACGGUCCGUGAUGAUAACAAGAGGCAGCAUCCAUGUCUCGUGGACUUCCACAAACUCCCUGAGCAGGAACGCAACUACAAUCUGCAGAUGUCCAGUGAAACUCUCAAGACACUCCUCGCCCUAGGAUGCCACGUGGGAAUUGCAGACGAGCAAGCCGAAGCAACCCUGAAACGUUUCAAGCUCCCCAGGAACUACCUGAUGUCCAGCAACUACAAGCCGUCUCCUCUGGACCUCACCAACACCAAGCUGAACCCGACCCAGGAGGCCCUCGUGGACCGCCUGGCAGAGAACGCGCACAAUGUGUGGGCGCGCGACCGCAUUCGGCAGGGCUGGACCUACGGCAUCCAGCAGGACAUCAAAAACCGACGGAACCCGCGCCUCGUGCCAUACGCCCUUCUGGAUGAGAGGACCAAGAAGUCGAACCGGGACAGCCUGCGCGAGGCUGUGCGCACCCUGCUGGGCUACGGGUACCACAUCGAGGCACCAGACCAAGACCCAGCUACCCGGGUUGACGUCCACGGCGUCCACAAGCGGCAGUUCCGCACGGAGCGCUUCUACGCGGUGCGCACGGGCAAGUGGUACUUCGAGUUUGAGCUGGUGACGGCCGGGGACAUGCGCGUGGGCUGGGCGCGGCCCGGCUGCCGGCCUGACGUCGCGCUGGGCUCCGAUGACCAGGCCUUCGUUUUCGACGGCCUCAAGUCCCAGAAGUGGCACCAGGGGGGAGAGCACUUUGGGCGGGCGUGGCAGCCGGGCGACGUGGUGGGCUGCCUCGUGGACCUGAACGACCGCAUCGUGAUGUUCACCCUCAACGGCGAGAUCAUGCUGGACGACUCGGGCUCCGAGUUUGCCUUCAGCGAGCUGGAAAUCGGCGAGGGCUUCAUGCCCAUAUGCAGUCUGGGCCUGUCGCAGGUGGGACGCCUGAACUUUGGAAAGGACGCCACCAAGCUGAAGUACUUCCCCAUCUGCGGGCUGCAGGAGGGCUACGAGCCCUUCGCAGUGUACAUGAACCGAGACAUCACGCUGUGGUACAGCAAGCGGCUGGCGCAGUUCAUGCCCGUCAUGGCUGACGACGAUCAUUUUGAGGUGACGCGCAUAGACGGCACCAUCGACAGCCCGCCGUGCCUCAAGGUGUCGCACAAGACGUUCGGCUCGCAGCACAGCAACACGGACCUGGCCUUCUUCCGCCUGAGCAUGCCCGUGGAGUGCGAGGAGAACUUCGGGCGGCGGGGCCUGCCGGCGCCGUCGCCGUCCACGCUGGGCGGCGGCGACGAUGACGCCGAGUCGGAGUUCGAGGUGCUGCGGCGCUCCGUGCAGGGCACGCCGCUCACGGGCUCCCGCGGCGAUUCGCGCGCCAACUCGCGGGCCGAUCAGCGGCGGGGCGAGCGCGAGGAGGAGGAGGCGGCGGCGGACGACCGGGCCAAGCACGAGGCCAACAACCACAAGGACUACGCCCAGGAGAAGCUGCUGCUGCAGCCCAAGCAUAGGGCCUCCCAGCCGCUGCGGCCGCCCUCCCGGGCGACGGGAGAGACACUGCCAGCUGAUCGCGAUGAGCUCGAGGCCCUUCUGCAGUCCACCGUGUACUACUACUCGGUGCGGAUCUUCCCGGGCCAGGAGCAGGCCACCGUGUGGGUGGGCUGGGUGACGCCCGACUUCCACCAGUACGACAGCUCGUUCGACCUGGACCGUGUGCGCACGGUCACCAUCACGCUCGGCGACGACAAGGGCAAGGUUCACGAGAGCAUCAAGCGCAGCAACUGCUUCAUGGUGUGGGCAGGGGACGUGCCCGCAGCAGAGCAGAGCCGCAACAACAGCGGGCUGGAGAUCGGCUGCCUGGUCGACGUGGCGAAUGGCGUGCUGUCCUUCACGGCCAACGGCAAGGAGAUGCACACCUUCUACCAGGUGGAGCCGAGCACCAAGUUGUUCCCGGCUGCCUUUGUUCAGCCAACCAGCCCCGGCAUGUUCCAGUUCGAGCUCGGCCGAUUCAAGAACACGUUGCCUCUGUCGGCGGCGCUGUUCAAGAGCGAGCGGAGGAACUCCGUGCCGCAGUGCCCCCCGCGCCUGGUGGUGCAGCAGAUCAAGCCCGUGCUGUGGAGCCGCGUGCCCAACCUCUUCCUCAAGGUGGAGACGGGGCGCGUGAGUGAGCGGCAUGGCUGGAAGGUGCAGUGCACCGAGCCGCUCGUCUUCAUGGCUCUGCGGAUUCCAGAAGAGAACAGGUGCAUGGACAUCUUGGAGCUGUCCGAGCGGAGGGACCUGCGCAAGUUCCACGCGCACACGCUCAAGCUCUACUCGGCCGUGUGCGCCCUGGGAAACAACCGCGUGGCGCACGCGCUUUGCAGCCACGUGGACCAGGCGCAGCUGCUCUUCGCCAUCGAGAACCAGUACUUGCCGGGCCUGCUGCGCAGCGGCUACUACCAGCUGCUCAUCAGCCUGCACUUGCAGGCGUGCAGCACGGCGCGCCUCAUGACCAACCGCGAGUUCAUCGUGCCAAUGACGGACGAGACGAGGCGCAUCACGCUCUUCCCCGACGAGAGCAAGAGGCACGGGCUGCCCGGCGUGGGCCUCAGCACGAGCCUGCGCCCGCGCAUGCGCGUCUCGUCCGUGGGAUUCCUGUCGCGCUCGCUCGACGGCGCGCAGUUCAGCCCCGACUUCCCGCUCGCGGUGCUCAAGGAGAAGGCCAUCGGCAUGCUGUCGGAGGCGGUGCGCGAGGGCGCGUGCCAACCGCGCGACCCCGUGGGCGGCAGCACGGAGCACCUGUUCGUGCCGCUCAUCAAGCUGGUGCACACGCUGCUCACCAUGGGCGUGUUCGGAAACGAGGACGUCAAGCGCAUCCUCAUGCUCGUCGAUCCCAGCGUGUUCGCCUGCCAGGGCGGCGGCGGCGGCGGCGGCGGCGGGGGCGGGGAGGACCGCGCCAGCGACAGGCGGGCGCCGCUCGCCAUCGCCAAUGGCGGCAGGGAUGAGCGUCGCAGAGCCGAGGUCGCUGGCGAGGAGGGGGAGCUCGCGGUCCAGCAGCAGCAGCGGCCACAGCAGCAGGAUGAGGAGCCAGUGGAGGGGCUGCUGCAGAUGAAGCUGGAGGAGCCUGUGAAGCUGCAGAUGUGCCACCUGCUGCAGUUCCUGUGCGACUGCCAGCUGCGGCACCGCAUCGAGGCGCUGGUGGCCUUCUCGGACGGCUUCGUCAUCAAGAUGCAGGAGAACCAGAAGUUCCGCUACAACGAGGUCAUGCAAGCGCUCAAUAUGUCCGCUGCGCUCACCGCGCGCAAGACCAAGGAGUUCCGCUCCCCUCCCCAGGAGCAGAUUAACACGCUGCUCAACUUCAAGAACGGAGAGAGUGAGGAGGAGUGUCCAUGCCCUGAAGAUGCCCGAGAACUUUUGCUCGACUUCCAUGACGACCUGCUGCUGCACUGUGGGGUGGAGCUCGAGGACGAGGAGGAGCAGGAGGACGACCAGGAUGCCUCGCUCUCGGGCCGCCUCAUGGCGCUGGUGGAGCGCGUCAAGAACCUGAGGAAAAAGGAUGGAAACGCUCAAGCGGAGGAGGACGAUUCCAAGCCCAACUGCCUGCAGCAGCUCAUCUCGGGGACGCUGGUGCGCUGGGCGCAGGAGUCACACGUGGCCGACCCGGCGCUCGUCACGGCCAUGUUCACGCUGCUCCACCGGCAGUACGACGGCGUGGGCGAGCUAGUGCGCGCCCUGCCGCGCGCCUACACCAUCAGCGCCGCCUCCGUCGAGGACACCAUCGCCCUGCUGGCGGCGCUCACGCAGAUCCGCUCGCUGCUCAGCGUGCGCAUGGGCCGCGAGGAGGAGAAGCUCAUGAUACGCGGCCUCGGGGACAUCAUGAACAACAAGGUUUUCUACCAGCACCCCAACCUCAUGAGAGCGCUGGGCAUGCACGAGACGGUCAUGGAGGUCAUGGUGAACGUGCUGGGCGGGGGAAAGUCCAAGGAGAUCGCGUUCCCCAAGAUGGUGGCCAACUGCUGCCGCUUCUUGUGCUACUUCUGCCGCAUCAGCCGGCAGAACCAGCGAGCCAUGUUCGAGCACCUCGGCUAUCUCCUGGAGAACAGCAGCGUCGGGCUCGCCUCCCCGUCGAUGCGCGGCUCCACGCCGCUGGACGUGGCCGCCGCCUCCGUCAUGGACAACAACGAGCUGGCGCUGGCGCUCCGCGAGCCCGAGCUGGAGAAGGUGGGCCGCUACCUGGCACGCUGCGGCUUGCAGAGCUGCCCAAUGCUCCUGACCCGUGGCUACCCCGACAUCGGUUGGAAUCCCGUGGAGGGGGAGCGGUACCUUGACUUCCUCCGAUUCACCGUCUUUGUCAACGGCGAAAGCGUGGAGGAAAACGCCAACGUGGUGGUGCGGCUGCUUAUCCGGCGGCCCGAGUGCUUUGGGCCGGCGCUGCGCGGAGAGGGGGGCCAGGGCCUGCUGGGCGCAAUGAAGGAGGCCAUCACCAUCUCCGAGGACCCCGACCGGGACGGCCCGUCUGCCUGCACCGACACGGCACGACGACCCAUGUGCGUCCCGCGUGCCGUAGCCUCAUUACUCCAGGACUGGAAUGAUGAAUCGCAAAUAAACAGCUUUACGUGGGGGGAAGACGAGGAAGAGGAUGAAGAGGCCGUCCACAUGGGCAAUGCCAUCAUGACGUUCUACGCAGCGCUCAUCGACCUGCUGGGCCGAUGUGCGCCCGAGACGCACCUCAUCCUCACGGGCAAGGGUGAGGCAAUCCGCAUCCGCUCCAUCCUGCGCUCGCUCGUCCCUAUCGGGGACCUGGAAGGGGUCAUCAGCAUCCCCUUCAAGAUGCCAACCAUUGACAAAGAUGCAAUGGUGAUGGAGCCGGACAUGUCGGCGGGAUUCUGCCCAGACCACAAAGCGGCCAUGGUACUGUUCCUGGAGCGCGUGUACGGCAUCGAGACGCAGGACUUCCUGCUGCACAUGCUGGAGGUCGGCUUCCUGCCCGACCUGCGCGCGGCUGCCGCUCUCGACACCCUGGCUCUCUCCGCCACCGACAUGGCCCUGGCGCUCAACCGGUACCUGUGCUCCGCCGUGCUGCCCGUGCUGACGCGUUGCGCGUCGCUGUUCGCCGGCACGGAGCACCACUCGUCGCUCAUCGACUCCAUGCUGCACACCAUCUACCGCAUCUCCAAGGGCCGCUCGCUCACCAAGGCGCAGCGCGACGCCAUCGAGGAGUGCCUCAUCGCCGUUUGCGGGCAAUUACGCCCAUCCAUGAUGCAGCACCUGCUGCGCCGCUUUGUGUUCGACGUGCCGCUUCUCAACCAAAAUUCCAAGAUGCCAUUGAAGGUUCUGACCAAUCACUUUGAGCGUUGCUGGAAGUACUAUUGCCUGGCGAGUGGCUGGGGCAGCUACGGGGCAGCGUCAGAGGAGGAGCUGCAUCUCACACGCAAGCUCUUCUGGGGCGUGUUCAAUGCGCUGUCCAAGAAGCCUUACGAGCAGGAGCUGUUCAAGCUGGCGCUGCCGUGCCUGGGCGCCAUCUCGGGCGCCCUGCCCCCCGACUACAUGGAGUCGAGCCGCAUGGUCGCGAUGGACAGCCAGUCCUCGCUGGACGCCGAGGGAAACUUCAAGCCGCAGCCCAUCGACACGUCCAGCAUCACCAUCCCGGAGAAAUUGGAUUUUUUCAUCAAUAAGUAUGCAGAGCACGUCCAUGACCACUGGUCGAUGGAAAAGUAUGCAGAAGGGUGGUCAUAUGGCGAGGUCCUCAAUGAAGAAAGCAAAAGUCACCCCCUCCUCAAGCCAUUCAAACUCUUUUCUGACAAGGAGAAGGAGGUCUACCAGCUGCCGGUGAAGGAGUCCCUGAAGACCAUGCUGAUGCUGGGCUGGGCAAUCGAGAGGACACGAGACGGAGGGGCGGCCGCCAUGCAGGCCAAGCCGCAGCGCCUCCCGCACUCAAGCAGCUUGAGACCUCUAAGGGAGCAAAGCUCAUUUGAAUCUCCCCACGGCUUCACGCCACGACCCCUGGACAUGACCAACGUAACACUGCCUCGGGAUCUGCAGAACAUGUCAGAGACUCUGGCUGAAAAUUACCACAACACUUGGGCAAGUAAGAAGAAGAUGGAAAUUGAAGCCAAAGGUGUGUGCGCCCAAGCAGGGGGUGGCACCCAUCCCCUGCUGGUUCCCUACGAUACGCUGACCGCCAAGGAGAAAUCCAAGGACCUGGAAAAAGCUGAGGAACUUUUCAAGUUCUUGCAGAUCAACGGAUACACUGUCUCCAGAGGCGCCAAGGACAUGGAGAUGGACGCCUCGUCCAUCGAGAAGCGCUUUGCGUAUGGAAUUCUGCAGCAGCUCAUCAACUACGUGGAGAGCGCCCACGGCUACAUCACGCAGCUUGAUUUCGCCAUGACCAAAAGGAAGGAAGAGAGAGCAUCGAACAAAUAUCCCCACGAGCAGGAAAUUAAAUUCUUCGCCAAGGUGGUGCUGCCCCUGAUAGAUCAGUACUUCCAGAACCACAGGCAGUACUUCCUGUCGACGCCCAGCAGCCUGCUGAGCAGCGGAGGCCACGCCUCCAACAAGGAGAAGGAGAUGGUCACCAGCCUCUUCUGCAAAUUGGCCGUUCUUGUCCGGCAUAGGAUUUCUCUCUUUGGGAGUGACGCCACUGCCAUGGUGAACUGCCUACACAUCUUGGCUGGAUCGCUUGACUGCAGAACGGUGAUGAAGGUGGGGCCCGACAGCGUGAAGGCAGCGCUUCGCGCGUUCUUCGAGAGCGCCGCCGAAGACCUGGAGAAGACGAUGGAGAACCUGAAGCAGGGCCGCUUCACACACUCGCGGAGCGCGCUCAAGGGCGUGGCGCAGACCAUCAACUACACGUCCGUGGCCCUGCUGCCGCUGCUCUGCUCGCUCUUCGACCACAUCGGGCAGCACCAGUUUGGCGUUGACCUCAUACUGGAUGACGUGCAGGUGUCCUGCUACCGGAUCCUGUCCAGCCUUUUCGCACUUGGAACGGGAAAGAACAUCUAUGUGGAGAGGCAGCGGCCUGCUCUGGGCGAGUGCCUGUCGGCGCUGGCCACCGCCUUCCCGGUCGCCUUCCUGGAGCCGGAGCUCAACAAGUUCAAUCCCCACUCUGUGUUCAACACCAAGACGGCACGCGAGCGCGCCAUGAUGGGGCUGCCGGUGCACGUGGAGGACGUGUGCAAGGACAUCCCGUCGCUGGACAAGCUGCUGCAGGAGAUCGGCGAUCUGGCCGAGUCGGGUGCCCGCUACACGGAGAUGCCGCACGUCAUCGAGGUGGUGCUGCCCAUGCUGUGCAGCUACCUGUCGCGCUGGUGGGAGCACGGCGCCGAGGAGGACCCCCGGCGCGCCCUCGAGGAGCCCGUGUGCACGGCCACCACCUCGGAGCACAUGAACGCCCUGCUCGGCAACAUCCUCAAGAUCAUCGUCAACAACCUGGGCAUCAGCGAGGCCGCCUGGAUGAAGCGCAUCGCCGUCUUCGCCCAGCCCAUCAUUGGCAAGGCGAAGCCGGAGCUGCUGAGGAGCCACUUCCUGCCCACAAUGGAGAAGCUGAAACGCAAGACGGGCAAGGUGGUGGCGGAGGAAGAUCGGGUGCGCGCCGAGGCCAAGGGCGAUAUGUCCGAGGACGAGCUGCUCGUGCUGGACGAGUUCGCCAUCCUGGCGCGAGACCUCUACGCCUUCUACCCGCUGCUCGUACGCUUCGUGGACUGCGGGAGGGCCAAGUGGCUGAUGGAGCCCAAUGCGGAUGCGGAGCAGCUGUUCUUCAUGGUGGCCGACGUGUUCGUGAUGUGGGCCAAGUCGCCCAACUUCAAACGGGAGGAGCAGAACUUUGUGGUUUCCAAUGAAAUCAACAACAUGUCCUUCCUCAUCUCUGACACCAUGAGCAAAAUGUCAAAGCGUGGAGGCUUCAGAUGGACCAAGGCGGGCGGCGACCGCGAGAGGAAGAAAUCGAAGAAGCGCGGCGAGCGCUACACGGUGCAGACGUCGCUCAUCGUGGCCGCCCUCAAGCGCAUGCUGCCCAUCGGACUCAACAUCUGCGCGCCCGGCGACCAGGAGCUCAUCUCCCUUGCCAAAAACCGCUUCGCCAUGAAAGACACGGAUGACGAAGUUCGCGAUUUCAUUCGCAACAAUCUGCACCUUCAAGGAAAAGCCGACUCCCCGACGGUGCGCUGGCAGAUGAGCCUCUACAAGGAGCUGCCGCACCGCAGGGAGGAGAACGGCGACCCCGAGCGCAGCGUGACGCGCCUGCUCGAGAUCUCCUCCGUGCUCUACCACCUCGAGCAGGUGGAGCUGCCCUACAAGUCCAAGAAGGCCGUGUGGCACAAGAUCCUGUCCAAGCAGCGGCGGCGCGCGGUCGUCGCUUGCUUCCGCAUGGCGCCGCUCUACAACUUGCCCAGGCAUCGAGCCAUCAACCUCUUCCUCAGCGGCUAUCAGCGGACGUGGAUUGAGACGGAAGAGCACAGUUUCGAGGACCGGCUGAUCGAGGAUUUGGCUCUCUCAGGCGGAGAGGAGGACGGAGAGAGCGAGGACGGUGGGAAGCGGCGAGACCCGCUCCACCAGCUCAUCCUGCACUUCAGUCACACGGCACUCACCGAGAAAAGGUGCCGCGGAAGAAACAGCAAACUCGAGGAGGAUUUCCUGUACAUCGCCUACGCAGACAUCAUGGCCAAGAGCUGCCAUGCGCAGGAGGAGGAUGAAGAGGGAGAGGAGGAAGUGAAGUCGUUUGAAGAGAAAGAGAUGGAGAAGCAGAAGCUGCUGUACCAGCAGGCGCGGCUGCACGACCGCGGAGCGGCCGAAAUGGUGCUGCAAAUGAUCAGCGCCAGCAAGGGGAGUACUGGACCUAUGGUGACUGCCACCCUGAAGCUGGGCAUCGCCAUACUCAACGGAGGCAACACCACGGUGCAGCAGAAAAUGUUGGACUACCUGAAGGAGAAGAAGGACGUUGGGUUUUUCCAGAGCGUCGCAGGCCUCAUGCAGUCCUGCAGUGUGCUGGACUUGAAUGCGUUUGAGAGGCAGAACAAAGCAGAGGGCCUUGGCAUGGUGACCGAGGAGGGAUCCGUUCCCAGACAUCAACGGGCCGACAAGGCGAUGCAGGACGUGGAGUUCACCUGCGACCUCUUCCGCUUCCUGCAGCUGCUGUGCGAAGGCCACAAUUCAGAUUUCCAGAAUUAUCUCCGGACACAGACUGGGAAUAACACCACGGUGAACAUCAUCAUCUCCACAGUGGACUACCUGCUGAGGUUACAGGAGUCGAUAAGCGACUUCUACUGGUACUACUCUGGCAAGGAUAUCAUCGAUGAGCAGGGCCAGCGCAACUUCUCCAAGGCGAUCAAGGUGGCCAAGCAGGUGUUCAACUCGCUCACCGAGUACAUCCAGGGCCCGUGCACGGGGAACCAGCAGAGUCUGGCACACAGCCGCCUGUGGGACGCCGUUGUGGGCUUCCUGCACGUCUUCGCGCACAUGCAGAUGAAGCUGUCGCAGGAUGCCAGCCAGAUUGAGCUCCUCAAGGAGCUGCUGGACUUGCAGAAGGACAUGGUGGUGAUGCUGCUCUCUCUUCUUGAAGGCAAUGUUGUGAACGGCACCAUCGGCAAGCAGAUGGUGGACAUGUUGGUGGAGUCAUCGAGCAACGUGGAAAUGAUCCUCAAGUUCUUCGACAUGUUCCUCAAGCUCAAGGACCUCACGUCAUCGGACACCUUCAAGGAGCACGACCCGGACAGCAAGGGCGUCAUCUCCAAGCGGGACUUCCAGAAGGCCAUGGAGAGCCAGAAGACCUACAGCCCGUCCGAGAUAGAAUUCCUGCUGUCGUGCGCUGAGACGGACGAGAGCGAGCAGCUGGACUACGAGGAGUUCACGGAGCGCUUCCACGAGCCCGCCAAGGACAUCGGCUUCAACGUGGCCGUGCUGCUGACCAACCUGUCGGAGCACAUGCCACACGACACGCGCCUGCAGACCUUCCUGGAGCUCGCUGAAAGCGUCCUCAACUACUUCCAGCCCUUCCUGGGGCGCAUCGAGAUCAUGGGAAGCGCCAAGCGCAUCGAGCGCAUUUACUUCGAGAUCACCGAGUCGAGCCGCACGCAGUGGGAGAAGCCGCAGGUGAAGGAGUCGAAGCGGCAGUUUAUCUUCGACGUCGUCAACGAGGGUGGCGAGAAGGAGAAGAUGGAGCUGUUCGUGAACUUCUGCGAGGACACCAUUUUCGAAAUGCAGCUGGCCGCCAAGAUCUCCGAGUCGGACAUGGCUGAGCGCGCGGGGGCGCGGGGCGAGGAGGAGGAGGAGAACACGGAGGAGGAGGAGCUAGAGUCGAGCUUCUUCUCCGUGACGACGGUGAAAAUGGCCGUGGGCUCCCUGAAGAAUAACAGCACAUCGGUUGCCAAGCUGUUCACCGUGAAGAACCUGAAGAAGCAGCUGAAGAAGGCGAAGAAGAUGACGGCCAAGGAGAUGGUGGUGGCGCUCUUCUCCGGCAUGUGGAGCCUCGCGGUGGGGCUGCUCGUCGUGGGCUUCACCGUCGGCCGUGGCUUUUGGAGGAUCACCUUCGGCGGGGGCGGCAGCAUGGUGGAGAACGCCAAGAAGAUGACGGUGACCGACCUGCUGGGCGGCAUGCCGGACCCGACGCAGGACGGCGUGCGCGCGGACGGCACCAGCGACAUGCACGACCGCAAGGAGUUCGACGGCAGUGACGACGACCUGCAGAACUCGGCGCUGGCGCUCGUCAACCGCGAGGACGCUGAGAAGGAGUUCUUCACGGGCGUGCUCGGCCUCGACCUGAAGCGCGAGGGUGGCCAGUUCAAGCUGCUCACGCACGACCUCGGCGACCUCGUGCACACGGCCCACGGAGACGACGCGGCGCACGAUCCGGCCGGCGCGGACGCAAAGAAAGGUGAAGAUGGACAUAUGGAAGUGAAAACGGAGGUGGAGAAAGCUGAUGGAGAAUAUGGAGAGAAGGAGGACAAGGAGUCCCAGGAGGCUCCGCAGAAGAAGAAAAAGAAAAAGAGGCACUUUGGAUGCAGGCACGACGACCUGGAAGGUGCCGAGUCGGACUUCUGGAAGAAGAUAACGGCGUACCAGCAGAAGCUGCUGAACUCUUUUGCAAGGAAUUUUUACAACAUGAGGAUGCUGGCAUUGGUGAUGGCAUUUGCAAUUAAUUUCAUCCUUCUCUUCUACAAGGUGUCGUCAAUGGAUGGAGGCGACGAGGGUGGGGGCGACGAGGUGGCUGGGGAGGUGGAGGAUGUGGUGGUGGCGGAGGAGGAGGAUGAGGAUGCCCUGGUGCACUUUGUGCUGGAGGAGAGUACGGGCUACAUGGAGCCGGCGCUCCGGAUGCUCGCCAUCGUGCACACGCUCAUCUCCUUCCUGUGCAUCAUUGGAUACUACUGCCUCAAGGUCCCGCUCGUGAUAUUCAAGCGGGAGAAGGAGGUGGCGCGCAAACUGGAGUUUGAUGGCCUUUACAUCACAGAGCAGCCAUCUGAGGACGACAUCAAGGGGCAGUGGGACCGCCUCGUCAUCAACACGCCGUCCUUCCCAAAUAACUACUGGGACAAGUUUGUGAAACGAAAGGUUAUGGACAAGUAUGGUGAAUUUUAUGGCCGUGACCGCAUCAGCGAACUGCUCGGGCUUGACAUGGCCGCGCUGGACUUCAGCAGGAGAAAUGAGAAGCCCAAGAAAGAAAGCUCCAUCUUCGCACUGCUCAACUCAAUUGAUGUCAAAUACCAGAUCUGGAAGCUGGGUGUCGUGUUCACGGACAACUCAUUCCUCUACCUGGCCUGGUACAUGACCAUGUCAGGGCUGGGACACUACAACAACUUUUUCUUCGCCGCCCAUCUCUUGGACAUCGCCAUGGGCUUCAAGACCCUGCGCACGAUCCUUUCGUCCGUCACACACAACGGCAAGCAGCUGGUGCUGACGGUGGGGCUCCUGGCCGUGGUCGUGUACCUCUACACCGUCGUGGCUUUCAACUUCUUCCGCAAGUUCUACAACAAGAGCGAGGAUGAGGACGUUCCCGACAUGAAGUGUAACGACAUGCUCACCUGCUACAUCUUCCACAUGUACGUGGGCGUGCGGGCGGGCGGUGGGAUUGGCGAUGAGAUCGAGGACCCGGCCGGGGACCCCUACGAGCUGUGGCGCAUGGUCUUCGACAUCACCUUCUUCUUUUUCGUUAUCGUCAUCCUCCUCGCCAUCAUCCAGGGUCUAAUUAUCGACGCUUUCGGGGAGCUGAGAGACCAACAGGAGCAGGUCAAGGAGGACAUGGAGACCAAAUGCUUCAUCUGCGGGAUGGGCAAUGACUACUUCGACACGGUGCCGCACGGCUUCGAGACGCACACCCUGCAGGAACACAACCUCGCCAACUACAUGUUCUUCCUGAUGUAUCUCAUCAACAAGGAUGAGACUGAACACACCGGACAGGAGUCAUACGUGUGGAAGAUGUACCAGGAGCGCUGCUGGGAGUUCUUCCCAGCUGGAGACUGCUUCCGCAAGCAGUACGAGGAUCAGCUGUAACAGUGCAGGCACCGGCAAUCGCCAUUAGCCACGACGAGCACCACGAGCACCUCCACCAACACCACCAUCAGCACAUCCACCAGCAUCAGCACCACCACCACCAUCAACUACAGCCGCCAUUCGCCACUAAGUGGCGAUAAAUUCACUGCAGCGCUUAUGCCAGGCGGGUUGGACUUUGAGACCACGUGAAGUGUCGAAGGGUCGCUGGCAGGUCACGGACAGACCCAGGUGUUAGCGGUUGACUGACAGAGAUGACUGACAGAUGGGCCACCUGUGCUGCCCACCGUGCCAACUUGCCACAUUUUAUCCACCUGGUGUCCCACUCAUUGUUGUAAGCAUCUCUCCUCUACUCUCCUUUAUUGGAGGGUGACUGCCUCAAACUGCAUACUUCAUGAAUUCCCUCCCCUACAGACGCCGAUCUUAGAGAAGAGAGGGGAUAUGGAAGAGAGGGUAUGGCUGGCCGAGAAGACCUGCAGCUUCAUGGGGAGCAAUAGGCCACAUAGCUUCUACACAGGUUACGUCGUGGAUGAAAACAUAAUGCUGCUCGACUAAUUAAAAAUGAAACUUCUGCUGCCAAACCAGAACUAGUCAUAAGCACACUGUCCAGGUAUGAGAACUCCCCCACUCUCCACAACUACCCUGUUACUCAUGGGGAGUUGAAGGGGGGACUACUUGAUAACAAAAUGCCUAGGCAGGGGUGAUUUCUUUAGGUGGGGCUGAUGGUAAAGCCCCAUCUCUCCAUGGCAUGUUCUAGGUUUAGAAGAGUGAGCAGCAAUUACCAGAUUGUCAGCCGACUAGUAGGGAGCCAUCCCUUGACUGCACCCGGGCAUCGAUCAGCCUAGCAUUGUCUGUACCAGAUGUAAAUUCCUUUGUGAUAGCUAUGGGGAAAGUUUGUUGAACUACGUGGUCAAAAAAUGGUGUAGGGGGCCAGACGACAGCCCUUGGCUGCACCCCAAGGUGAACAGGAAAUGGCUUCGACUCCCAGCCACGUAACCUUACGUGGCCCUGCCCACCAUCAAUAACUGUCCUUAAUGAUUGUGAGCAGAGGCUCAGGGACCCUGAAAGCAUGAAGAAUAAACCAAAUCCUGGCCAGGUGAAUAAAGCAGAGAUGUACUGCUGAUACUCGCUCCACCUCGAGAGUAGCAGAUAGGCAAAGAACCUUGCAUCUGUGCAGGACCACCCAGGUUUGGAACCACAUUGGAGCUCUGUAAGCCUCUCCCUCAGUAUGUCUGGCAAGACACUGUUUAACAAUUCGUGCCAGGACUUUUCCUGACACACUGAGAAGGGAGAUGCCCUGGUAAUUGGAGCAAUUAGUGCAUUCCCCCUUCUUAAAAAAAAUGACCAUCAGGGCAUCCAUCCAAUCCUGUGGAACCCGUCCUGUGCUCCAUGCAGUUGUAAUUGUCAUGUACGACAGGCUGUACGCAAUCGCCAUUCUCAGCAGUUCACUUGGGAGAUCAUCUAUGCCUGGCGCUUUUAUCUGUUCUCAGGCUCUGGAUCUCUCUUCGCACUUCCUCAACACAUGGCAUAUAAGCCAGCCACCCACCGGGGCUGCACGGAAGUCUAGCGACCUCCUUCCAUUGUUUUUGAGCUGAUCUGGCCCAUGCUUGUCUCUUGACCCACUCGGGCAUUAAAGUCGCCCAACAAGAAAAUCGAGGGGGCAAUUUAGCCAGAACCUGGGACAAGUGGUCAUCGAAGGCUUCCGACUUAUCAGCUUUGCCUGCAUCCCUCCUACAUACCGGUUGGCUUCCUACAGUGUGAAUGAAGUUCAACAUACAUUCACUAAGUUCAUGUUUGGUAGGGGCGUAAACUACCACCACCACUAACUCACCCUAUGUAGAUGGGGGGAGCCCAUAAUAGCCUGGGGCUUGUAGAUCCUACACCUUACCACCACACUCUUACCCCCCCCCCCCCCCCUUCAUUUUAUUCAGAAAGAUUAACCACUCCCUGUUAAUUGACAGCUUCCUGGCCCGGGUGUUGGACUGUCCACCUCUCAUCGUCACGAGUCAGAACCAUGACACCCGACCUGUAAGCCAGAGGUCCAGAUAGCAGGUGGUACUGGUCGAGCACCCUCUCCUCCGCAGCCGCAGCGGUUCCCAAUUGUUGUUCGAGGAACCCCCAUGGCGGAGUGUUUAGUCUCCUGGCUCCUCCAGACGGGGUUUGGCCAAAAGACGUAAUAGACGCUUCUUCCCCCUUGGCAUCUACGGCAAAAGCUUAUUGCAGUUUUUUUGUGUGGUCCUUUGGUAAUUGUAUUGAAGGUGAAGGGGUUACCAGCCCAUUGUAUCCUUCCGAAGCCCCUGCGUUGGCCACACAAACACACACACACACACCUGCGCGCACACACUCAACACUCACUCGUCAUGCCAGGGUUUGGCGCGGCACGCGACUGGUCGUGCAUAGUAUGACUCCAACCGCGUCAGCGAACAUGUGCGCCGGAGCUAGCACCGGCCCAGGUGUGUAUCAGAUACUCGCCAGACCACACUGACGAGUGCUUUGAAGUAUGGUCAGUGAACCACCAUGACUGACAAUGCGUUUGGAGAGAGAACUUCGUCCAGCAAUGGAUUGACCAAGGCUGAUGAGGAACCAGUUAAGGGUGAUGUCACACACUCGAGCACCACGAUACACUCCAAGAAUGCCCAUCACAACCCCACUCCAUCGCUCGUUCGUUUGCCCACAGUUCACCUGAUGACUCAUGCCAACCUCCCCAGCCCCUCGCCCAUCCCACCCACAUCAUGAUGAACUUUUGACGAUCACUCCUAAGCGGUGACAUCGGCACGAUGUGGCGGCUUGUUUGCUUCGUGCAAGCAUUCAAUUUUCUUUGCCUAAGCUUUUAUUUGCGAGACCAUUUUUUUUUAACAAAAAAUAUAUAUUUACAGAGACAUUUUCUUGAGACUUCAGUUGUACACGCUGAAGUGACGAUAUUAAGUUUUGCCUGGAGUGAAAGAGUUCCAGAAGACGCUUGUCCUAUGCUGUCAGUAAUUAAUUAUGUUUAUUGCUGUUGAGCGUUUAUAUGAGCGAAACAAUGGAAGAUAGUGCCUUAAAAAGCUAAGGAUGAGCUAUGCAAGGUCAAGACUUAGUCAAGUAACCGAAGAACUCGUAGGCUAUUUUACUUGUCUUAUUUCGGGUUUUUUUUCUGUACAUGUAAGCGGUGUAAUACAUCUAACUGCUAAUCGUGCAUUUGAAUAUCCCAAUAACAUGCUUGUCAUUUUUUUUAAUUUUGGCUGGCUUUAACAUGACAGUCUUCCCAUGGAAAUUUUACCAAGUUCACUGUUGUGCGUUUUAAUGCGUUUGUGUGCAAUACUAAAAAAUAAGACAUCCAUCACAUUACGCCAAAAGUAGGAACGAUAAACAUAUUUUUUUUCCCGCGAAGCGAUAGGUUUAAAAGCAUUUAACUUUCACGAAAAUAAUGAAACCGAUGCUAUUUUUCAAGCAUUGAUGCGAUUUAAAUGAAUUUAAACAAAAGUAUGAAAUUGUAGCCCUGAAUGUGAAUGUGUGGCCGUUCUUGCGAGUCUUUUCAAAACGCUGUACAAUUGACUUCAUGUAGACAUUGGCCCAUUUAGUCAGUUUUUGGACAAUGUUAUAUCUUUGUGACGUGUUCGACAGGGAAAACUCGCUUUCAAAUAAAAACAUAUAACAAAAUGUAAGGAUUUGUGAACGGUGCAGACGGCAUCAUAGCACAAGGGAUUGUUUGAAGUUUCAAGCAGAUUCUGAAAUAAAACAUUUUAAACGAA